AUGGACCACGAUUAUCUGAGGUCGAACGACUUUGCCGGGGAGGCGUAUUUGGAGUUGAUUGAUGUACCUGGCUUCUCGCCAACUACAGCACCAACGACGCUCCGGCAAUUCAAUCUGGUUUUGAUCCAUCCCGUCAAUAAUUGCAAAGACGUCUUCCAAGUCCUCGACAGUCGAAAAGAAGACAAGGAAGCUCAGGAUUUUCUCCGGAACGUCCAGCUGAAUUAC